CCAAGCUUAUGCCCCGAAACCCUCCUUUCGUACCGAGACGUAAAGGGUGGAUCGAUCGGCAUUCCGCAGGUCCCUCCUGAGGGCAUGAAAGGCGAACCCUUUAUUUGUGGUAUCUGUGGCUGCAGCUGCCAGUUACCAAAGGCGAGUUGGAAGUCGUCCUGGAAGUAAGCAAGCCAACGUCCCCUUUCUUUCGUUCUCAAGCCCCCCGUGUCUCGACUCGUCUCGCAGUGCUAACGCUGAUGGAUAGGAAACACGUCCUCUCUGACCUUCAACCGUACGUCUGUAUUAUACCGGAAUGCAGCUUCACCAGGAUUCCAUUUCUGCACAAAACGGACUGGGUAUGUCACCUAGAAGUAGAUCAUGGCUUCGCCAGCUACUCUAAACAAAUGGUGUGCCCUCUGUGCCAGGAAGAUAUGAGCAGCUGGAAAAUAAGACAUCUAUCAGAGCACCUUGAGGAGGUUUCCUUGACCAUCCUUCCCGCAAAUGCGGAAUCUGAGGACGAAUCUGAUAGAGAUCUGGAGAAAGGAUCAAAGGACGAACCAAAGAUCCCUAACGCGGAAUCGGCGAAGCGCCCCGUGGACUCAACAGCAUCAUCAACAGCAUCGGAAUCAAGGUCAAGAAUCGUUAAUGUGGGCGACCUUGAUCACAAACACGACGAAUCGGCGUGGUCCCGAGGGAUUGCGUUGUACGACUUUACGCCCGGCCUGGCGAGCGAGCUUGCCUUGGUCGAAGGACAAAAACUGUGGAUUCUGAGAUCCGCUGAAGGUUCAGCAGAUGCCGCUUGGAUGCUAGCGUCGUCUGACAGAGGAGAGCGUCAAGGUUGGGUGCCGCGUGCGUACGUGAGGUUGACGGAAAACAGCACCGCUGCUGGAGAUGACGGCACACCCCAAGCUGCAGUUGCGAGCCCAGAAUCACCGCGCACAAGUACUACGUCUGAGUUUCACACCCCAUGGGAGGAGAGCCAUCAAGCCGAACCCCGCGUUGAUACCGGUGCCGAGAUGGUGGAACAGGCGUUGGCGGAUAAGGCCACUGCAUCACAAAGAAUCGGCCUUGCAAGUGAGGGUCAAGCCGCAUCUCGGGUGGCAGAAAUGGAUGGAGGUCACCGCGAGGGCCUCCAGGACCGUAACCCAACACGGCCGCCUUUGCCGUGCUUCGCAUUCGGAUGCAAUGCCGCCUUUCAUACAGCGAAUGACUUGUGGCGACAUCGAGAGUCCCUCCACGAUUAUCCAAGCGGAUGGGGGUGCAUGCAGCCUGGCUGCUCUACCGAAAAGGAGCUGGACCAACACCACGCCGCGAUGCACACAGAAUCUAGUCUCGAGAUUGGGACAAAGAUCAAGGUCGAAGCUGGAGCGGGCGAGGAAGACGAGAACGAUCCAUUUUACAAAAGGACGAGCAGGAGAAGCGGAAACACGAAGCCAGUUCUAAUAGACCUGACCCACGACAAUUCUGAUUAGAAUUACAAAUGAAAGAAGCCCGCUAGCAAAUUAUGCGGGAACACGGAAUGAAAGACAUCAGCGAGCGAGGGAAGGUCGUGGCUGAAGACGACCAGGUUUGAGU